AUGGCUAGCCCAACCGACGACAGCGAGCAGGAUUCGUCUUUCUCGACGCCAAGCGCACCGCCCAGCUCCCGCACACCCCUCCACCGUAGUGUUAGCCAUACCUCUCAGUGGUCCGUCGCAGACACCCCACAACACCACAAUCUUGGCACGUCCUACUCUACUCAACAUCCCCGACCCGUAUCCCCCAGUCCUCGCCGCCACCCUGGUCUCGUACGCAGCCUCUCUUCCAGCGUGACCAGGCGCAACGGUGUGAGAAGCGCAAGUACGAGCUCCCGUCAUGGAAGACGUUUCCGCGAUGAUUCAGAUAUGCUCAGCGGGGAUGAGGGGUCGAGCGAGGAUGAGGGAUCACGCAGCGGUCUAGAGGGCAAUCGCGGCAAAGCAGCGGCAAUAGACGGAGACAAUGGCGGUGACGCAGAUGAGGACGGAGAGGGAGAGGAUGAUAUCGACGAGGAUCCCAUCACGUUGAAGGAUCGACAGUCGCUCAUCAAUGUUGAACAUCCUUUCGGUCUUCCCAUCUGGAAACCCGCCCUCUACAAGAAAUCUCGGUCAGUCACUCGUUAUGCCGACCAGGCACUGCACUCCGUUCCAUCUGCACAGGCAGAACGCCAUCUUCUUGUCGGCAAUAUUUUCUGGACCAUCGCCUUCGGUUGGUGGUUAGCGUGCAUCUGUUUCGCCAUUUCGGGUAUCCUCUUUGUUCUUCCGUAUGGGGGACGCCAGUACUCCUCUCUUCUAUUCGGUCUGGGAUGGUACCUCGGUUGGCCCUUCGGCAAAUACGUCGAGGGCGAUUUCGACGAAGACCGAUUCGCAGAAGAUGCUUCCGACGCAAACCACACCGUCGACGUACCUCGCACCCAUUCAAGCACCGAUGGUGACACUGUGCGUGCGUCUCCCCCUCCAAGGGAUGACGCGUCGACACCUCGCCCAUCCGCCAUCCCGAGCACACGACUGGAUACCCUCCCGGAGCACGACCAUUCAGCCUCAUGGACCGACCAACCCAGUCCUACCGAAGCGACUUCCUUGCUCCGGGGCUCGAAAGCCGACGUGCACCCCGCAGGACCCCCAAAGUCCUACGGAACAACUUCCCCCUAUUCAUACACAUCAUCGGAGACUACGAAACCAUCGACUGCAGGAGAAUGGUUGGGAAAGGCCGUAUUCUGGUUGGCCCUCGUCACUAUUAUCGCGCCCUUGAUGCUGGUCGUGUGUGUUUUAUGUUGGGGACUCAUUAUUGCGAUCCCAAUGGCGAAACUCAACUGGGCUCUCAUCAAGCACCUCUUCCAGCACCCUACCAAUAUCCGCUUCUGCUCGGCGCCGUCGCUCGUUCUGCUAGCUUCCGAAGGGUCAGAAAUCGAACCUUCCCAUGAUCCCGACGAUGUUCAUACCCCGAUUACCGUCAACCAUCCACGUCUCGCUGCGGGCCAGCUGGCUCCUUCCGGAUCGCCGACAUCGAAGGUACUGCUCUGUAUCUAUCGAGCCGUUGGCCUCAAAUAUUACAAAUAUACCGUGGGCGGCGUCAACAUUCUCUUCAUCAACCUUUUACCUCUCGUCUUCUUCGUCAUCUUCGACGGAUUUGUCCUCCUUCCCAUGGCCGAAAGUCGCGAGAGGUCUGGUCGGCCUGUCCCAUGGAUCCUAGCCAACCUCGCGUCGCGUGCCCUCAUCUUCACCCUGAGUCUCCUCAGCGUCAUUCCCCUUUCCUAUUUCAUCGGCAUGGCAGUCGCCUCUAUCUCUGCUCAGUCUUCCAUCGGUAUGGGAGCGGUAAUCAAUGCCACAUUUGGGUCUAUCAUCGAGAUUUUGCUCUAUGCCAUCGCUCUCACGCAAGGUAAAGGCCGCCUUGUAGAAGGAUCCAUCGUCGGCAGCAUCCUCGCAGGAGUUCUACUCAUGCCAGGCCUCAGUAUGGUCAGUGGAGCUAUACGCCGCAAGGAGCAGAGGUUCAACGCUAAGAGCGCGGGUGUGACAAGCACGAUGUUGAUCAUGGCUAUCAUCGGGACGUUGACUCCGACCCUUUUCUAUCAGACUUAUGGCAAUUUCCAACUCGUCUGCGAUGGAUGUCCCUCAACCGCCACCGGAAACGAUGCUCCGUGGAAGUGCACCCAUUGCUCCUACCAACAUCCGGAUCCGGUUGAUGAUCCAUUCUAUCAGUCCACUGUGAAGACGCUCAUGUACUUCUGCGCUGGUGUCCUGUUGCUGUCGUACCUGAUUGGCCUCUGGUUUUCGCUGCGAACCCAUGCUUCACAAAUCUGGCAAAACCCUCAACAACUCCUUCACGCUACGGAUGCGAACCGGCUUUCCGUCUACCACAAACUUGUUUCUGGGCCUCGUGGUGCUUCUGGUGCGCCCCAUCGACCUAAUGAUUCGCUGCAUCACCAACCGAGUUUUGCUUCGACCGUAGGUACGAUCCCCUCUCGCAGCCAGACCCCUGUUCCUAGGAACCACGACUACGGCCCGUCAUCUAGUUCAGAAAGACCGAUCGGGCAGUCUUCGACAAUGUCAAGAAGCCAACCUCCGCCUGCCUCUGCGCGCCGAGUUUCCUACGCUCCGCCGCCGAGCAUGCAACAAGCCAGCUAUGCGCCCAUUAUUGAGAGUGUCGAUCACGUCAUCCAUGACACUGGAUUGCGCCCGGUUCAACUCCCCGAGAAUAUGACCUCAGAUGACUUCACUCGGGCUGUGGCCGUAGCGACCGUCAGUGCUCUUCGUCAUCAACAGGCCUAUGUGCACACUGGCCGCUCUCGCAACGCUGGCAUGGCCGAUGCAACAGAAGUCGAAGAAGCUGGAGGGCAUGGUGGCCACGACGCCCCUUCUUGGAGUAGGGUGACUAGUGCAAGCGUUUUGCUAGCAUGUACUGCUCUCUACGCCAUUAUCGCCGAGCUACUCGUUGACGUUGUCGACGUCGUCUUGGAAGGCUCUGGAAUCGACGAGAAGUUCCUGGGAACGACGUUGUUUGCUUUGGUGCCCAACACAACCGAAUUCAUGAAUGCCAUGUCUUUCGCUAUGAACGGGAACAUCGCCCUCAGUAUGGAGAUUGGCUCUGCAUAUGCACUCCAAGUUUGUUUACUGCAAAUCCCCGCGAUGGUCGCGUUCUCCGCUUGGUACGAUCCCGCACGCCUGGGCCAGUUCGGCGACACUUUCACUCUGAUUUUCCCCCGUUGGGACGUGAUCGUCAUCAUAUUGUCUAUCUUCCUACUGACUUACACCUAUAUCGAGGCAAAGGCAAAUUAUCAUCGCGGUACUAUUCUGAUCUUGAGUUAUCUCGUCCUUGCAGCCGGCUUCUUCUUUGCCCCUCACGUAGAGUCUAACGACGAGACAAUGGUCUUUACCGAUACCGUCUUUGACUCGUAUUACCGUUCCGCUCGUUUCUUCUUCACAAACACCAUACAUUGAUCGACCCCUACUUCUAUCUGUAUACAUGGACUUCUGUUGUGUUAUGAGUACGACGACUCUACACAGCAAUCGUAACGACCCCUAACGCCCACGACCGUCUCCUGUUUUUUGAUAUUCCCUUGUUCACAUUAUUCGGAUUUUGGCAGUCUUUUUAUCCACUUUUCCCCUUCGCGACUACUAGUUUUGGGGGUCACUCGCUGUGACCAGACCGAUAUACUUUGUGUAGUUCCAACCGUUCUACCUACGCAUCUUUGCUUUCGUUCCAAGGAAUUGACACUGAGUUGACACGACGAGUGUCACAGGCA